AUGGUGCGAUGCGACCGCGGGCUGCAGAUGCUGCUGACCACGGCCGGAGCCUUCGCCGCCUUCGCGCUCAUGGCCAUCGCCAUCGGCACCGACUACUGGCUCUACUCCAGCGCGUACAUCUGCAACGGCACCAACCUGACCAUGGACGACGGGCCCCCGCCCCGCCGCACCCGCGGCGACCUCACCCACUCGGGGCUGUGGCGGGUGUGCUGCAUCGAAGGGGUCUAUAAAGGGCACUGCUUCCGCAUCAACCACUUCCCAGAGGACAACGAUUACGACCACGACAGCUCGGAGUAUCUCCUGCGCCUCGUGCGCGCCUCCAGCGUCUUCCCCAUCCUCAGCACCGUCCUCCUCCUGCUCGGUGGGCUCUGCAUUGGCGCCGGGAGACUCCACAGCCGCAAGAACAACGUCGUCCUCAGCGCCGGCAUCCUCUUUGUGGCUGCAGGCCUCAGUAACAUCAUCGGCAUCAUCGUCUACAUUUCCAGCAACACGGGAGACCCCAGCGACAAGCGCGACGAAGACAAAAAAAACCAUUACAACUACGGCUGGUCUUUUUACUUCGGAGCCCUGUCUUUCAUUGUGGCUGAGACCGUGGGCGUCCUGGCCGUAAACAUUUACAUUGAGAAAAACAAAGAGUUGAGAUUUAAGACCAGACGGGAGUUCCUUAAGGCUCCCUCCUCGUCACCCUACGCCAGGAUGCCGAGCUACCGGUACCGGCGACGGCGCUCGCGGUCCAGCUCCAGGUCCACCGAGGCCUCCCCGUCCAGGGACGCAUCUCCGGUGGGGCUGAAGAUUGCCGGGGCCAUUCCCAUGGGCGAGCUGUCCAUGUACACGCUGUCCAGGGAGCCCCUCAAGGUGACCACGGCCGCCAGCUACAGCCCCGACCAGGAGGCCGGCUUCCUGCAGGUGCACGACUUCUUCCAGCAGGACCUGAAGGGAGGCGUGCACAUCAGCAUGCUCAACCGGCGGACCACCCCGGUGUGA